AUUAUUAUUACACAAGACAUAAAAAACAAAAAAUAUUGUAGAGAUUAAACCCGAAAAAGAAAGAGCGAAACCCUAGUUUCAGAGAUGACGCCGUCGAAUCUGAGAUGUGUCGUUGCGCAGGCCUGGAGAUCGACUGGUUCUCGACGCAAAUUCUCCUCAUCGUCUCCUGGCAAAGGAGACCCUGAUCGCUUCAUCGAGGCCUUGAAGGCGAGAGUGUACAAAUUUACAGACUCCAAGGAUGGAAGCGAGUGUAUUAAGAAGAUCCGUGUUCGAGGUGCUGCUGUGUUGACGGGAUAUUUGUUAGGUUUUGCCCUGAUAAAAAAACCUUCAUGGGAUAUGGCUCGACGCUUGGAAAAGCGUGGCGUUUCUCUCACUAACCCUCCCAUUCCUGAUGACUUGCUUGCCAAGGCGUUCCAGAUUAAUUGGACCACAGGGGAUUCAGAAGGUGAAACACGACGAAGAGAGAGCGAAACCCUAGUUUCGCAGACGAUGCCGCCGAAUCUGAGAUGUGUCGUUGCGCAGGCCUGGAGAUCGACUGGUUCUCGACGCAAUUUCUCCUCAUCGCCUCCUGGCAAAGGAGACCCUAAAAGCUUCAUCGCGUCCUUUAAGUUGAGUGUCUGUCCUUCUUUCAAGACUUUUAGAUUUGGCGCAUGGUCGUUGUGUGGAUUUACAUUUUACGGUGCUACAGAAUCGUACAAGGUCUAUAAACUCUCCCAUGAACGGUUAGAAUUAUAUGAUUUACAGCGUCAAAAGCGCGAUAGAAAAAGAAAAAGAAAAAUCUCGGGUGAGAGUCAUCCAAUGAAUGAAUGAAUAAGGAGGAAAAGUUUGUAAAAUAAUCUAUGCUUGUGAUGUUGCAAUUUCUCUCCUUUUUUCAUAUAUAUUUCUGGACUUUGGUGUGUAAUAGUAUUCGUAAUAAACGAUUAAGAAGUAUGGUUGAUCAAUUUUACUGAACCAUGAAAGAAAUCUUUCAACAUUAUUCAUUGUUUUGAAUCUUCUGAUGGAUGAAAUAA